CACGACCAAAACAAUUUUCAGUGGAGUGAGGCGGAGCGACGGAACCUGCUGAUGUGGAGAAACUUAUAAACGAAACCAAACACACCCGAGGUUGGAUCAGGAACUUUUACUCGCUGCGAACUCUCUGUUUGCUCUUUAGUUUGGAUUCUUUUCCAAGCAGAAACAGGUGGAGACAACAGAAAGAGAAGACAUGUCUGCAGCCAGGAAGGAUCUCCAGGAGGCCUUGCUCCACUACGCCACAGACACCAUGAGCUUCAUCCACACAGUGAGGGAAUUCUGUGAGACGUUCCAMAAGUGGAUGCUGUGGAGGGAGACGGAGCUGGACAUGAUGAGGGACAUCAAAGACAGAGUCGACAGGAUCGACCUGAGCUUCAGCCACGUCACGCAGUCGCAGAGCACAGGAAAGGCUUUUUGGGAAUUUGUGAAGAACAAGUUCCAGAUAAACGUCGACAACAAGUACGCAGAGCUGGAGAAGGAGCUGACUGAGGUGGUCAACGACACGCUGGAAGGUCUGGAGAAGCUCGGCUGCUUCCUGGAUGCAGUGGAGAGGCUGGCGGUCACCUCGCUGCACGUGUUCGCAGACAACCAGGUGCUGCGCCUGCCGGAGGAGGUCGGCCUCGACAACGUUCAGGUCACCGUCACGGCCGCGCGGCUCAUCUGUCCUCUCCUCCUGGAGUUCAAGAGAGACGACGACGUCUUCUUCCUGCCGAAACGGCAGAACUUAGAUGUGUUGGCGUAUCAGCUGGACCGAUACAUUCAGACCAGCAAAACCAUCUGUGAGAAGAUGGAGAAAAGCUGUUUCAGUGAGCUUUUCUUGAAAAAGAUUGAGGACAUUGAGGUAAACGUCGAUGGUUUGUCUGAAAAUGACGCUCGGAGGAUGCUUGAUCACAUCAAUCAGCUUGAUGAUAUCAGAACGGACCCGUGCUUCAGGACGGUGUUUUUGUUCCAGGAGAAAUCCUCCGAUGACUUCAUCAGAGAGUUCAGCGAGCGUCAGCCCCGGAUGUUGGAGUUUCUGGACGGUUUGGAGAAGAACGCCGUUCAGUUGGACAAGAUGUGCAAAGGAGCAAAGAUCUCCAGCGUGGCGGGCAGCUCGGUGGGGGCGGUUGGAGGUGUGCUCUCCAUCGUUGGCUUGGCACUGAUGCCGGUUACAGCGGGGGCGUCCUUGGCUCUGACCAUAACUGGACUUGGGAUGGGGAUCACCAGCGGCGUCAACAGCUUGGUCACCACUGCGACAGAGAUCGGCGUGAACCACACGCAUCAAAAGAAAGCCAGCGAGUUGUUCCAAAGCUUUAUGGAAGAUGUGACGAAACUACAGGAAGAAGUGAGCCGACAAACCGUUUCCAAACUGGAAACCGGAGCCUUCCAGGUGGCUGUGGGAGUGGGCAACGUGGUCUGUAAAGCUGGAACUKUUGGGAAAAGCAUCGAUUCAAUCACGGAUGCUGCCAGUAAAGUGGUGGCUCAGGAAGGGCAGGCGUUACGGAGCAUACCCAGGGUGGCCUCAGACAUCCCAGAUGUGGGUCAGGCAGCAGCUAAAGGGGCUUUCAUUGCAUCAAAGUCGGUCAGAGCCGGUAUGAUAGCAGUCAACGCGCUCUUCGUCGGCAUGGACAUCUUCUUCAUCUGUAAGGACAGCAUGAGUCUGGCCAAAGGCAGCGAGACGCACGUCUCCCAGUUCAUCCGAGCCAGAGCUGCUCUCUGGAGCUCAGAGAUCGACUCGUGGAGGAACAUCCACGACUCGCUGACUCAAGGUCUCGAAACGUCUGGGAAAAAGGAAGCCGUUCUCGAGAGCCCGUUUUAUCUGAAUACUGGGAUGGAGAUACUGGAAGAAGUAGAGGAGGACCUUUAUUCUGAAGGUGUGGAAGAAAAACAGAUUAGCAGAUGUGUGAUACAGUAAUAUAACAGUUUUUCAACAGUGGCCCUUUUUUAAUGAUCAGUUAAAUGAAGCUUUUAGACAAUUGAUUCAACAUCCACCGAUUUAUUCAACUGAAAUUCAUUCUCUGGUAAUAAAUAAAUAAAUAAAUAAAUACUGUAUACAUAUGUCAAAGUUCUCAUAAAAUAAAAACACUGGCAAAAAAUACUUAACAAAUAUAAAGUAUUUCUAUUUUGAUUGUUGUUGCUGAAACAUGUCUUGGUACAUCUGUUUAUUGUCUUGUUCUGGUCUCAUUUCAUUUUGUACUGAAGAUCAUUUUUAUUCUAAAUAAUGCAGUUUACAGUACAAUAUAUCUUUGACAAAUACUUACUUUUUUGACUCUGCUGAUGAUUUUUUAAAGUCUCUUUGC